CCCCCCCCCUGAGAUCUGAGAUCUUGCCGAUUGUUGCGCAUUCUUGUCUGUUCGCAAAACUUUGGGUCGACCCCAUCGAGCGUCGAGUGUCUAUCAUCCUUGCCCCUUCAAAAGCGUCGUCCUCCCUCGAGGCGCCACUGCAAGACUCGCUAUCCACCUGAGGAGGGCGAUGCGAGAGCAGUGCAUUCAAACUCGCCACAUCCCGACACAUUGCAAUCAUGAGCCUUGUUCAGGUACUGAAUGCUCUGGGAGCGUUCGAGGAUGAUAGUCACGGUCUCUCGCCUCGUACAUACCUGAAGAAUGGGGUGACGAUGGAUAUCAAUCCGCUCCCAAGCACUCAGCGCAAGGGUCUUAUUGCCGUCGCAGUCAUGGCCACUCUCUCAUUCUUGGCGACACUCGCUUUGAUCUCGUUCAUUACCUACCGACUCGUUUUCUGGAGAGGAUCUUAUACGCGUUAUAUCGGUUACAACCAAUACAUCGUACUGAUCUAUAAUCUUGUGUUGGCCGAUCUGCAACAGUCACUCGCUUUCUUGAUUUGCUUCAAAUGGAUCUCCGAGAAUAAGAUAUCCGCAGAUACUGCUGGUUGUUUCCUCCAGGGUCUCUGGCUACAGAUCGGUGAUCCAUCUAGUGGUCUUUUUGUACUUGCCAUUGCCAUUCAUACGUUCCUUCUAGUGGCUUUGGGAUAUAAGCUGAGUCACCGGGUCUUCGUCGCAUCUGUGGUGGGAAUUUGGAUUUUUGUUGCCAUUCUCGUCAUCAUUCCGCUUGCUUCGCACGGUCGUUACGUCUUCAUUCCCUCGGGAGCUUGGUGCUGGAUCAGCGAAGACUACGAAGCGAUGCGCUUAUGGACACAUUAUAUCUGGAUUUUCUUGGCGGAGUUUGGCACCGUAUGCCUUUAUGCAAUCAUGUGGUUCCAGCUCCGUCGUCGCAUCAAGCAGUCCGCCAUUUUGGGCAGUAGCCACAUCGAAAGUCUCAAGCGCCUCCGUCGUGUCAUCGGGUACAUGGUGAUCUAUCCGAUCGCCUAUAUUGUACUCUCACUUCCUCUUGCCGCCGGACGAAUGGCCACCGCACAGGGAGAUGCCCCUAGCGUCGCCUAUUUCUGUGUUGCUGGUGCUAUGAUUACUAGUUCCGGCUUGGUCGACGCCCUGCUAUACACCCUGACCCGUCGCAACCUCAUUUUGGAAUCGGAACCCAGUCACGAUCGCAGCUACAACAAAUUCGCCAGCAGCAAGAACCGCAAGACGGAUAACAAUCAUUUGACGACCAUUACUGCAGAUCCGAAAUAUACCCGUACCGACAUCAGUGCCCUUCGCAUGGGACGCCAUGAAGAAGACGAUGUGGAACGUACGGUACGGGACGGAUCUACUGAUAACAUCGUACAGCCCCACGGGGUUGAGCUAUCUACCCUCGGAAAGGUGUAUCAGCAUACCACGAUCGAAAUCACCAGUGAGCCCGCCUUCGCAGCAGAGGCUGAAUCGAGCGAUCACUCCAGCAAGGGGUCUUUUGAUGGCUCCCCCGACGGAGGUCAUGGACAAGCUGCCCGGAUGUGGGGAAGAUAGAAUAUCUUACCCAGGUCCAUGCCGGAGUCUGAUAGAUCAUGUCCGGACACUCUCCGAUGCCUAUUAUUCUCAGGGUCCCUUUUCAUGUCAUACAACUAAUUCAUGCCCCUUUCCUAUUUCCUCUCGUAUUGUCGAAGGCCACAGCAUCCAUCGCUCGGUUCGACAGGACACUUAUGCCCAUGUACAUAUUUACCUUCUGAAAUACCAACUACUUAAACAUAGGG